AUGACCAGGGGUGCUGGGACGUGUUGGCAGCAAGAAGAUGACGACGGCUUCCAAAUCUGGCUAGAGCCCCCCCGAGACAACCAAAAGCCAUUCACCGACUCAGAGAGGGCGCAGCGAUGGCGACUGUCCUUGGCAUCCCUGUUGUUCCUCACCAUCCUGCUCUCUGAUCACCUGUGGUUCUGCGCCGAGGCCAAACUGGUCCGCACCCGGGACAAGUUCUCCUCCUCCUCCUCCGUGCGCCUCUCCCCCCAGACCCACUCAGCGCACCCCAGCCUCAGAGAAAACCCAGAUGCUAUUUUUAUAGGAAACUCCACCAAACAUUUGUGGCGCCUCGAAACUUGCCACCGGGAUAGUUUAUCUAAGAACUGCUUCGCUAUCGCGGACGCCGACCAUCUGUGCAGGGGCCUUUCCGACCAAGAGGGGACGCGGGCGGCUGUAAAUAUGAGCGAUUUGUACCUUUCCUUUUGUAACUCCUACUCGCUGCUGGACCUGUUCUACGGCUCGACGAGUCCGGACAACCUGAACUGCAGCCUCGACGUGCUCGGCGACGGCGACACGAGCCGGUGCAGCCUGUGCGUGCAGGCGUACCAGCGCUACGACCAGCACGCCCAGGAGAAAUACGAGGACUUUGAGCUCCUGAGUCAGAAAUACGAGCCGGAGGCAUAUUCGGUGAGGACGUGCAUGGAGCAGUGCAAGACGGCCUAUAAGCCCUGGCUCUGUGCUCAGUACUUCCCCACCACCCAGCAGUCGUGUAAGAAGAAGGUGCCGUGCCGGCAGUACUGCCUGGAGGUCCAGCAGAGCUGUCCGUUCAUUCUGCCGGAUAACGACGACCUGAUCCACGGCGGCAGCCCCAGCUUCAUCUGCACAGGACUCUUGGGAGAUCAUCCAUCAGACAGCGACGCAGAGUGUUGUGACGUCCGAUGGGACUCCAAAAUGGACAGCCCUUCUGGCGGGACUUUAAAAAGGACAGCGUCUUCCUGUCAGCCCGAGGGGGCCUCGGUCACCUCCGCCUCCUCCCCGAGACUGUGCAGCGGGCGACUGAAGAUCUGCCUGCUGGCCCUCGUCCUCCUACACACUGUUAUCGUCAUUUCAGCCUCCCAUAAUUCCACAUUGGUGGGCAUGGCUGCCUUUUUCUCACCGGAGGAGAGUGCUUCUAACGAGGAGUGAACCUUGGGGUCGAAUCAAGGUCGGAGCUCGUAAAGAGUGAUGUCGCUCGAGGAUUUCACGGCUUUUACAGUGUCAUGGCUGCCGGGGACACGUCUGGCGAGACGCGGUGGGAGAUGCCUCUUCGAUCUGCCGCAGAUGAACCAUCAACCACAGGAAGUGGGAGGGUUUUAACUGGAGCUAAGGGUGCUGGGACUGGACAUAGACAAACCAAGACGUUUGAGAACCACCCUAAAGAACUGACCUCUCGCCACUUGAAACCUGCUCAUUGUUUCUAUUCCAUCCAAAUGUUUUCUAGCAUAUUGUCCCUCCUCUCCUUCCCUCGCUUCCUUCCCUUCCUUCCUUUCCUCUGUUUUUAGUGUGUGUGUGUGUGUGUGUGUGUGUGUGGGUGGCAUCUCAGAUCUUUUAUAGAACCUGACCGAUUCAUCAGCUUAUGUUUCUGCAACUAUUGAAACUUUUAUUUUACAGAAUAUACAAAGCAGAAUAUGUUUAUUUUGUUAAGUCAACUUCAACAUAUUUGGUCGUGUGUGAGUUUUCUUUUUAUUUAUAGUUAUUUAUUACAAAGUUUAUGGUUAAUUGGUAAAAUAUCAAGCCUCAGUUCCAUUUCCUUUGCCGUUAUAUCGGUAUUUGGAAUCUUUGACUGCCUCACAUUGGUUUUCGGUCGGGCUCUAAUCCUCCCUCUUCACACUUUUACUGCUUUUCGGUGCCAGAAUGUUUUGACAUAUCAACGGUUUCACUUCCUUCUCCACCUCCUGAACUACCUGGUGUGUGAUGUUGCUGGAGCUUCUGCCAGGACCAGCUCAUCCCUCCUCACGUGGGGUCUCUGAAAACAAAUAGAUCUUUGUGAUUCCUCUUCACUCUGAUGUCCAGAUUGGGUUUUGUCCCACGAGAUCCUUUUUUCAACCAAUGACGUGACAUGCCUCCAUGUUGUAGGACCUUAAGUGCUCUGAGACUGGUCCACUCUGUCUCCUCGGACUCGUCGGGCCGUGGGGCGAGUUUGGGGGGUGACGGUUCAGCUCGUGGUUACAGGGUGGUGACGUCAGGCGGUGGAGCGGUGGUUAAGCGGUUUACCUCAGACAGCGGGGUCGGGUAUUUACAGUUGUCAUACAUGUGACUCUGAGGACAUGCAUGAAGUCAAAAUACCAGGGGCCUCAUUUAUCUGCCACACGAGUUUCUACAAACAGGAUCCAACAUGUAACAGUUCAUUCAGGUUUUUAUUUUAUUCACUAAGAACAUUUAUCUCUUAAUUGUUUAAAUAAGACUUUAAACCACAGAGUUUAUUCCUUCUAUUCCACAUAUUAAGACGACUUGGACGUUCAAAGGGAUUUCUGUGCCCACACGGUUCUUCUGGUGGCGUCUGUAUUCAAAGUGCCUUCAUGUGCACAUGUGAACAGAUGAGAUUUGUUAAAUCCUCCAUAUUCACACUGAGAACUCGUCCUGUGCCUGGUUUGAUAGAUGAGGCCCGUGAGGCAGAUCGUGGCCGUGGAGCAGAAUCGAGCAGGAAACAGCCGACGUGAGCGUUCGCUUUGUGGCCGCUCCGCUGCAAGUGACCAAGAACCAAUCAGUCAAUCAACAGACCUGUCGACUCUCCAUGUCCCUCACUGGCAAAGGGCUGUGUCAGCGCACGAGCAGUGGGAGGAGUUUUAAAGGGCUGAUCUAUCCCGUUCUGUUGUGUUCUUAUCCUGCAUGGCCGCUGCUGCUGCUGCUAAAGGGCACGUUGACCAUGAGGACAGGUUAGAGAGGAUGAGGAAGCGAGAGAAACAGGAUUUAUCCCAAACUUAAGCCGUUUUCAGACGUGACCUCCGGAGGGCGUCCGCAGAAUCUGGUCCGGACGUUCUCUGUAACGUAUCAAUUACGACACCAGCAUCGGGUCUAAUCACCAAAAACUCUCCUGACAUCUUCGUCACGUCUUCUGCGUCUUCUUCACCUUUUCAUCCUGAGAUGUUUGUUUUUGCGUCGAUAGAAACGUCAUCAACACGAGGAUCUCCUGCUGUGUGUCCUCGGUUAAUCUGCAGACUUUUUCAAAUCUGACUUUUGCGUUCUAACACUCUGGAGAAUCUCUGGAGUUCAGUGCAGAGUUCACGUCUGAAAGCGGCUUCAGCGAUGAAGAGGCUUCUUGUCCUGGUCGCCUCUCGUGCUCCGUUACAGACAGACUGGAGUUUUAACUUCACCUGGUUAUUGAUGUGGUAUUAGUGCCUCCUCCCUUCCCCAUUAACAGCUUGACUUUACCUCGCCUCACUUCCAGUAAACACCAUUGAUUUACUCGUCACACACACACACACACACACACACACACUAACACAAACACAAACACACACACAAACAGCAUCAGUACCGGAUUUUCUGGAUUUUCAGUUCAUCCCGUUUGUGUCGUUUUGUUUGUUUUUCUCGACAAACUGGUGAGAGCCCCCCCCAUGCAGACAGCAGCGGAUGUAACAGACCCACACUCUGCUCCAGCCCUUCCACCUCUAGCUGUUCACGAUCUGAGUCCUGUGGAUCUAUGCAGACGAACCUCACACUCACCUGCUCACUCCCCCACAGACC